AUGGUGCUUGAAAGUACUAUGGUCUGUGUUGACAACAGUGAAUACAUGAGAAAUGGAGAUUUUCUACCAACCAGACUUCAGGCUCAACAAGACGCUGUCAACAUCGUUUGCCAUUCGAAGACACGUAGCAACCCAGAAAACAACGUAGGACUCCUCACAAUGGCAAAUAGUAACUGUGAGGUCCUGACGACACUGACUGCAGACGCUGGACGGAUACUGUCCAAACUGCACGCGGUCCAGCCCAAAGGAAAGAUCUGCUUCUGCACUGGGAUCAGAGUGGCACAUUUAGCCUUGAAGCACAGACAAGGCAAAAACCAUAAAAUGAGGAUUAUAGCUUUUGUUGGGAGUCCAGUGGAGGAUAAUGAAAAAGAUCUUGUCAAAAUGGCGAAACGUUUGAAGAAAGAGAAGGUCAACGUGGACAUUAUUAACUUUGGAGAAGAGGAGUUGAACACGGAGAAGCUGACCGCCUUCAUAAACACGCUGAACGGCAAAGAGGGGGCCGGCUCUCACCUGGUCACUGUCCCCCCUGGACCGGGCUUGGCUGACGCUCUGCUCUCCUCCCCCAUCUUGGCCGGAGAGGGCGGCUCCAUGAUGGGUCUUGGGGCCAGCGACUUUGAGUUUGGCGUUGAUCCAAGUGCUGAUCCGGAACUGGCUCUGGCGCUUCGUGUUUCGAUGGAGGAGCAGCGUCAGCGUCAGGAGGAGGAGGCGCGAAGAGCUUCUACUGCGGAGGCCACUGGGACCACGCCCACCGCAGACGAAUCAGAUGAAGCUUUGCUGAAGAUGUCUGUGUCUCAGCCCGACACUGGAGCAGCGGUGCUCCCUGACUUCAGCAGCAUGACUGAGGAAGAGCAGAUUGCUUACGCCAUGCAGAUGUCUCUGGCUGGAGAAGAAUAUGGAGAGAUGGACACAGGAGGCCCUAUGGACACAGCAGAAUCUGUCAAGGAAGAGGAUGAUUACGACGUGAUGCAGGACCCCGAGUUCUUACAAAGUGUUUUGGAAAAUCUGCCUGGUGUCGACCCAAACAAUGAAUCAAUUCGCAACGCUAUGGGCUCGCUGGCAUCCCAGACCGGAACCAAACCGGACGCCAAGAAAGACGAAGAGAAAAAGAAAUGA